AUGGCCGAAGAAGAGGAUGUUAUUGACCCAACAGUUCAUCAAUCGGAGAAUACUGGGCCUAUUUCUGUGAGGGAUGUCAUGGAUUCGACUAAUUUUUUGUACAUGCAUCCAUCAAAGAAUGUUGGAUCCACAUUAGUACCAAUACCUUUUGAUGGCGUAGGAUACAGAUCCUGGAGGAGAGGAGUUCUGCGAGCCCUCUCAAUGAACAACAAAAUAGGUUUCAUUACUAGCAAAUACAAAAAGCCUAAUACUAAUUCUGCGAAUUAUGGCCAGUGGGAAAGGUGUGAUGAUAUGGUCACCUCAUGGAUUUUGAACUCGCUCUUGAAUGACAUAGCAGACAGUUUACAGUAUGUGAAUGAUGUGAAGGAACUUUGGCAGGAAUUGGAAGAUAGGUAUGAUCAGACCAACGGAACUAAGAUAUAUCAACUUCAAAAGGAAAUUAAUGACUUGACUCAGGACUCACUGGACAUAACUGUUUAUUAUACAGAGAUGAAAAAGCUUUGGGAGGAAUUAAACACAUUAAAUGCAUAUACUCAGUACAAUUGCUAG